AUGAACGUAAAUUUGACCGAAAAAGAACAAUUUUAUACAUCAACACACUCUAAUACCAGCGGUCAGGAAAUAUUAUUAAGUUUAUUAACAGAUUCUUUACCUGAAAAACAACACGAACUAGUUAAUAAAGAAUGGAGCAAAGAUUAUCUCGAUCGACUUACUUCCCUCUCUUUAGAAUCACUUAAACUGGAACCUACUUUAGUUAAAGACGAAGAAUCUAAAAUUCAGAAAGAGUUGGCAGAACUUUCUUUUCGCGAGUACAAGUCAUGUAUUCAUGUGAAUAAUUGUUAUACCGAAAUUAAAUAUUCUUUAGAUAAUUUAUCUUCACAUUUAUCUACUUUAAUGACAGUGAUUCCUUCAUUAGAAAAUUCAUCUAAUUCUUUUUCUCAACACACUAAACAAAUAUCACUACAACGUAAUAAAAUUAAUACAAUUUUAGAGCAUAAUGAUAAUCUAUUGGAAAUUUUGGAAAUUCCCCAAUUAAUGGAUACCUGCGUUCGAAAUGGUCUCUAUUCUGAGGCCAUGGAUUUAUCACAACAUGUUGCAAGACUUGUUUCAAAACACUCUAAUAUACCUUUGAUUCGACAAAUUGAACAAGAUGUUAAGCAGACGAUGCAAUCAAUGUUAUCAAAAUUAAUCUCCCUUUUAAGAGAACCGAUCAAAUUACCAAGUUGUUUAAAAGUAAUUGGUUACCUAAGACGUAUGGAAGCAUUUGAUGAAGCAGAAUUACGUCUCGUAUUUUUGCUUUCUAGAGAUACCUAUUUACAGAUUUUAAUUCAUUCAAUUGAUAAAGAAAAGAAAGAUCCUGCACAAUAUUUAAAAAAAUGGAUCGAUAUUUUUAGGGAACACUUUUUUGAUAUAGUUACUCAGUAUAGAUCAAUUUUUGCAGAAGAUGGUGGAGGACUUGCUUCAACACCUAUUUAUUCUUCAUUUAUGAUUCCACAAUCCCCUUCAUCACCAUGGAUGACGCCUUCUUCCUUGACGGAUACUACCAAUGAUAAUCCUACUGGAAGACAUAAUUUAAUAGCAACUACUGUUCUUGCUGAUUAUACAAUUCAUAUUCUCAAUCAAUUAACUUCAGUUCUUGCUGAAUUCACUCCUCUUAUAACAGAUAUUCAAUCCCUUUCAUCAAUCUUGACACAGCUUAUGUAUUGCGGAAUGUCACUUGGUCGAGUUGGUGUUGACUUUAGACAUCUUGUGACAAGAUAUUUUGAAGAAGGCGUUGAAAGAAUAAUUAAGAAAAUUAUCUCGGAUGGUACUCAAGUCUUUUUAGAUGAAUUGAAACAAGCUAUUAAGAAUAUAAAUUUACCAAACACAUGGAUGAUAGUUGAUAAAAAAUCUACUAAUUUGAUUGAGUCUUCAAUACGAUCUUCUUCAUUCACACCAUUAGUCAUUCUAUUAGAUUAUCCACCUAUCGCUUAUUUAACAAAUGCCUAUCUAACAGCUUUUAAUUCUCUUCGUAUAGUGGCCCCCGUAUCAUUAUAUUAUACACUUGGUGAUUACCUUUCUUGGAACCUCUUGACAAUAUCAGAGACAUUACGUAAUUAUGGAAAUCUUCUUGUUGACAAUAAUCAUGAUACGACGGUUCUUCAAGGAUUUAAUGCAACAUUUGCUAGAAGUUUUGUACCUUUUAUCACAAGGUGUUAUGUAGACGGAGUUUACGGAGGAUUAUUAGGUGGUGGUGAUGAAGCUCAUUUAGAGGUUAUUGACCAAGCUAAAAUCUUGAAUAUUUUAAAAGAAUUUUUACCUGUUCCAAUAAGUAAAUCGAAUAAAAGUUGA